AUCUCUUCUGCUCUCACCACUUCAUCUCUUCACUUAAGCGCAAACACAAUGCAGCUGUGUUUUCUUGUUCUGUUCCUUGCCCUCUUCUGCUCUCAGGCGAGUUUCGCCGUAAAGUUCAACUUCAAGAGAUUCGACGGUACGGACUUGUUGUUCCUCGGAGACGCCGAGCUCGGGGCCUCACCCAAUGGCACCAGCCGCUCUGGAUCGCUCUCCAUGACUCGGGACGAGCCGUUUUCCCAUGGUCGUGGACUCUACAUUAACCCCAUCCCUUUCAAGCCCUCCAACUCUUCUUCUUCUUCGGCAUCUUUUCCAUUCGAAACAUCUUUCACAUUCUCCAUCAAACCCCAAAAGACCAACCCCAUCCCUGGCCAUGGCCUCGCUUUCAUCAUCGUCCCUGAAGCGACCCACGAUGUUGCAGGACCAGCUGGUUUCCUCGGCUUCCUCAACCGGACCAACAACGGAAACCCUAACAACCACGCCUUCGCAGUCGAGUUCGACGUUGUUCAGGACAAAAGCCUCGGAGACAUAAACGGAAACCAUGUCGGUGUGGACGUAAACUCCGUCGUUUCAGUGGUUUCUCAUAAAGCUGGUUACUGGGUCAGGUCGAAAAGAGAGUGGUCGUUCCAGGAGGUGAAUUUGAGCAACGGAGAACGGUACACGGCUUGGAUCGAAUACGCGAAACAGAGGCUUACGGUCACGAUUUCGCCCGAAAACGUUAAGAAACCGAAGAAGCCUUUGAUCGACACGAACAUCGAUCUCUCGAAGGUUUUUCUCGACAGAAUGUACGUUGGUUUUAGCGGCGCCAUGGGACGUGGGAUCGAGCGCCACGAGAUCUGGAGCUGGAGUUUCAAGAACACUGCCAAGAUCAACUGAUGCCGUGACGAGACUUUUGGACCGAACCGGUUUAGUAAUAUCGUUCUAGAUGUUGUUUUACCCUUUGUGUUGCCAAAAUGUGGAUGCUAGAGGGAAUAAAAGCAAAGUUUGUUGCUUAUUGUGUUGUAUUUCCCAAUUUAUAAUUAAAAAAAGCUUUGUUUUAAAAGUUUUA